CAGCCCAGCAGCAGGGCCAGCUGCCCUCUUGGUCGGGCAACUGAUGGUGCCACCUUUUCCUCCCAGCCCUACCCGCCACCGCCUCCUUUCCCCCUUUCCCCCUCCACCCGGGGUCUCCGCCUGGCCCUGGCCCGGGACCCUCCCGGGGAAAGUUUGGGCCAAGGGAGGGUCCGGGCCCCGGGCUGCGGAAUCAGGCCGGAGGAUGCGGUGGGUACUGGGCGGGGGGCUCCUCUUCCUUCUCCUUCUCCUGCCGCUGCUGGGACCCCUAGGCCGGGCCACCGCCACCCAGACAGAGGGACAGGGGGUGCGGACCAUGGAAGGGCAGGACGGUGACAGUGAAGGGCCACCAGUUCCAGGCCGGAGCCGGAGGAGAGUCCAGGAGAGUCCAGCCCGGGGCCCGGAGGCCGCCGGACCCCGGAUCAGUCAGGACCUGGUUGGCGGCACCGUGGCCAUCGACACUCUGCCCGACAACGAAACCCGGAUCGUGGAAGACAACCACAGCUACUACCUGUCACGAGUUUACGGGCCCGGCGAGGCCAGGACCAAGGAACUGUGGGUGGAUGUCGCGGACGCCAACAGGAGCCAAGUCAAAGUUCACGGGAUCCUGUCCAACACCCACAGACAGGCUUCGAGAGUGGUCCUGUCCUUCGACUUCCCGUUCUACGGCCAUCAUCUUCGGCAGAUCACCAUAGCAACCGGAGGGUUCAUCUUCAUGGGGGACGUGAUUCACCGGAUGCUCACGGCCACACAGUAUGUGGCGCCUUUGAUGGCCAACUUCAACCCAAGCUACUCCCGCAACUCCACCAUCAGAUACUUUGACAACGGGACAGUGUUUGUGGUGCAGUGGGAUCGGGUCUACCUGCAGGGGAAGGAGGAGACGGGCAGUUUCACCUUCCAGGCCGCCCUGCACAGUGAUGGCAGGAUCGUCUUUGGCUAUAAGGAGAUCCCGAUGUCCGUCCUGGAGAUCAGUGCCACCCAGCAUCCAGUCAAAGCCGGCCUCUCCGACGCCUUCAUGAUUCUCAACCCGUCUCCUGAGGUGCCAGAGUCUCGCAGAAGGACGAUAUACGAGUACCAUCGGGUGGAGCUGGACACCAGCAAGGUGACGAGCACUUCGGCCGUGGAGUUCACGCCAUUGCCAACCUGCCUUCAGCAUCAGAGCUGCGAAGUUUGCGUUUCCUCAGACUUGACCUUCAACUGCAGCUGGUGUAACAUCCUUCAGAGAUGUUCCAGUGGGUUUGACCGGUAUCGUGAGGAGUGGCUGACCUACGGCUGUGCCCAAGAGUCGGAGGGCCGGACCUGUGAGGAUUUCCACAGGGAAGACCACAACGCCUCGUUCCCCGAAGGCUCUGCCAACCCCUCGGAUGGAGAACUCACCACUUCGGCAUCAUCCCUCUUCGUCGACAGCCUCACCACGGAAGAUGACACAAAGUUGACUCAGCCCGCAGGAGGAGAUGAACUGCAGAACAGCCUUUCUCCCAGGACAAAGAGGUCUCCGGUGCCCGCGGGGACAAUCGUGGGCAUUGUGCUGGCCGUCCUCCUCACCGCAGGCAUUAUCCUGGCGGGGAUUUACAUCAAUGGCCACCCCACCUCCAACGCCGCCUUGUUUUUCAUUGAGCGCAGACCUCAUCACUGGCCGGCCAUGAAAUUCCGCAAUCACACCAACCACACCACGUACAGGGAGGUGGAGCCCUCAGGCCACGAGAAGGAGGGCUUCAUGGAGGCGGAGCAUUGUUGAGAGCGGACUCAGAACUUCACCUCCUCCCCAACUCCUGGGUCUCGGGUGCUGGAUUCUUUCUGUUGUUCUGUGACAAACUCCCCGUUGACGCGGGGGAAAGAAACCGGCCAAAAUAAAAGAAGAUCCAGUGGGGUCCUGGAGGGAACAGAUCGAAGCUCGUCGGAGAUGUGACUCUUUUACCCUGGUGUGUGAAGACGGAUGAAUCACAGCAUCGGGGACCACAGUUUGCCCUCCCUCCCCAAAUGCCAGCUAUCAGAGCAGGAAAGAGAUGCAAUUUGUUUGAUUGUCUGUGAUGUGGAUAGCAGCUCAAGCUGCCCUUGUUUUGGAGCCAUAGUAGUUUUAUUCAGGAGUUCCCUAGAGGCCCUUAUGGCUACCCAAGGCACAGUACAGAAAACUCUGAAACAGGGACUCCAGUAUUCUCCACCUAACCAUGAAAACCCUGUUUCUAACCUAGAUCCAGCGCUUAGAACAGUGCUUUGCACAUAGUAAGCGCUUAACAAAUGCCAUCAUUAUUCUUAUAUUAAGCUGAGGGGAAGGGGUGGAGCCUGCCUCGAAUCCAAAGCCGGUGUUUUCAUAGUGGGGAAUUCACCCCCAUCCAUGCUAACUCAGGGGCUGUUCCACACGGACUGAGCCCUUUUUGUUGCAGACAAUUCUCUCUCUUUUUUUUUAUGGUAUUUGUUAGGCGCUUCCUAUGUGCCAGGCACUGUUUUAAGCACUGGGAUA